ACCACGAAAUUGUUCCAAAAUUUGCAAGUUUUUAUUCAUGGCAAGGCAAAGAUAUCUCCCUCAUUUCAUACCAUGGUAGCUGACAAAAUGAGACUGACUCAACUUAUUGUUGACAACAAAGUUGUACUUCUCGGCAUCACUGUUGUCACCGUAGUUGUGCUGUUGCUCUACUGGUGCGUCAGAAGGAAGUACUACUCUGAUGACGAUGACGAAGAUGAGUCCUCUCGACUGCUGACCCACAGCAUCCUGGUAGCUAUGGACCGACGAGAAUCAGACGAAGACGAGGAUAUCCCGGACCUUCCAAACAUUCCCGUGGUCCGGACCCGUCGACAAUCAAAACGCAUUAAGAGACCCAGAAGCAAAACACGAUCUGCUUUAUAGUCGUCAUCCACGGUGAUUGUUUGGUAGCUAAAAUGGCCAAUUAUACGUUUUUGGUGUGGGAA